UCCACUCGUCCGCCAAUGGGCGCGCAGAUCCUGGCCCACACCCCCGCCGUGCCCCGCCCCGGCGCGCGCCGCCGCGUGACGUCACGGCCCGGCCCCCGCCACGUGACGGCCGCGCGGUGUGGUCCCACUGGACGCCCGGCUGGAGCCGCAGAGGCCGGGGAGGGACCGGGGGGCCCCGGCCGCGGACAGAGGGCACGGGCCGAGGGAGCCGGUCGUGGGGGCGCGCGUGCAUGGAGGCGGCGCCGGCGGACGCCUGAGAGCAGCGGGCCACCUCGGGUAUUCUUCCAGCUGCCUCGUGCCAGCGGCGGCACCGGCGCGGCCAUGGCGACGGGCACUCAGCAGGAAAACACGCUGCUUCACCUCUUCGCCGGCGGGUGCGGGGGCACGGUCGGCGCUAUCUUCACCUGUCCCCUGGAAGUCAUUAAGACGAGGCUGCAGUCCUCGAGGUUAGCCCUUCGCACCGUCUAUUACCCGCAGGUCCAUCUGGGGACCAUCAGUGGAGCUGGAGUGGUGAGGCCGACGUCCGUGACGCCCGGACUCCUACAGGUUCUGAAGUCAAUCUUGGAGAAGGAGGGACCAAAGUCACUGUUCAGAGGCUUGGGUCCAAAUUUGGUUGGAGUCGCACCGUCAAGGGCCGUGUACUUUGCCUGUUACUCCAAAGCCAAAGAGCAGUUCAACGGCGUGUUCGUGCCGAACAGCAAUACCGUGCACAUCUUCUCCGCCGGCUCCGCAGCGUUUGUCACAAAUUCCUUAAUGAAUCCUAUAUGGAUGGUGAAAACCCGGAUGCAGCUAGAGCGGAAGGUGCGCGGCUCCAAGCAGAUGAACACGCUGCAGUGUGCGCGCCACGUGUACCGGACGGAAGGCGUUCGCGGCUUCUACCGGGGACUGACUGCCUCGUAUGCGGGCAUCUCGGAAACCGUCAUCUGCUUUGCGAUCUACGAGAGUUUGAAGAAGUGUCUGAAAGAUGCCCCGUUAGCGCCCCCUCCAAAGGGGGCUGAGAAGAACUCCACAAACUUUUUUGGACUUAUGGCAGCUGCUGCUGUCGCUAAGGGGUGUGCCUCCUGUAUCGCCUAUCCACACGAGGUCAUCAGGACGCGGCUCCGGGAGGAGGGCACCAAGUACAAGUCCUUCGUGCAGACCGCACGGCUGGUCUUCCGGGAGGAGGGCUACCUCGCCUUCUACCGGGGGCUCUUCGCGCAGCUCAUCCGCCAGAUCCCCAACACCGCCAUCGUGCUGUCCACCUACGAGCUCAUCGUGUACCUGCUGGGCGACCGUCCCCAGUGACCGGCCAGCGCGUGGUGCUGUGCGAGAAUAAAACUGAAAAACUCGAUAGAGACAUUUUCUUUUCCGUUGAUGUUUAGGAUGUUCGAGACGGCAACAGGAGAGGCCACGGAAAACGUGGCUCGUGGCGCCUGCUGGACAUUUCCUUUUGGAUUCAUGUUUUCUGGAAGGUUUAAAUUCAUUAACGUUAAUAGUUAAUUAUAACUUUUUUUUUAACUUAAGAGGAUUCAGGAUUCAGCAGCAACUAAAUUAAAUCAUGCUAUUUAAUUUAAGUAUAAACUUGGCUCGUGUCCUCUGUCACGUUCGCUGCACUGGAAACUGCGGGACUUGGGCGGAACGUAACCCUGGAAAGGCAGACGGAACCUCUGAAGCGAGCGUACGGCUGUUUUCUAACCUGUCAGGUGUUGCGCAAGACAGGUGGCGGGGGGCACGUUCUGGCAGCCCUGGGCAGACCAGGACAGACUGCCUGGCCAUUCUCCUUUGUACAUUCCCAAGUCUCACACAGGUUGACAGUCCAAGCUUUUGGGCUGCCGAGUU